AUGUCGUGCCUAAGCCAAAGCGUGAAUAGCACUGAUCCCUCCUAUCGUGCAACGAUCAACCCUCAACAGUCCGAUGAUGACCCACACGCUCAUAUCAGAUGCGCAAGCUCAAAGGUGACAGGGUGGGGGGGGGGGGGGGGGGGGGGGGGGGGGGGGGGGGCUUCACUAUCCUCUGCGAGAUGUUCACAGCGACCAAAAAGUCAACAAGCUUUGUGCUUCACUCUCAUAUCCAGCUUCUUAACUCGUAUAUCAUGCCAUACGAUCACCAACAUAACGCUCAGUGAUUGGUCGCGCUUGAUAUAA